CAGAAAAGAACUCAAAGGAAAAUGACAAAUGAAACCAAAACACAUUAAAGACCAAUUGAUCCAAAACAGUGUAUCUCUCUCUGUCUCUCUUUAAUGUUGCAACCUUUAUUAAGACAACCUUACAACCAUCAACAUAAUCAUCCAGGUAUCUUCACCUCAAAAUGGACAAGACCUUUACUCUGAUUUUUCUCCUCUUCCUCUUCCUCUUCCUCCACCUUCCAAAUGCAGCAAAAUCUGCCAUUGGUGUUGGUAUUGGAGUUGGUGGUGGUGGGGUUAGUAUUGGUGUAGGUGCUGGGAAUGGCAAUGAUGGUAAUAAUGGUGGAUCUUCAGUGCCAAACCAGAACAAUGCUUACACAGCUCUUCAGGCAUGGAAAUCAGCAAUCACUGAUGACCCACUGAAGAUUCUAGACACUUGGGUUGGUCCCAAUGUGUGUUCUUACAAAGGAGUGUUUUGUGAAAAUUCCCAAGAUGGAAUUGCUGAAUCAUUUGCAACUACUGGUCCUGUUGUUGCAGGAAUAGAUCUCAACCAUGCAAAUCUCCUAGGAACUUUUGUCAAAGAGCUUUCUUCACUAUCUGAAAUAACUCUUCUCCACCUCAACAGUAACAGAUUUUCAGGUACAGUUCCUGAUUCACUCAGAGAGCUCACUUCCUUAGAAGAAUUGGACCUCAGCAACAACCAAUUUUCAGGUCCUUUUCCCAAUGUUGUUCUAUACAUGCCAAGUAUUAUCUACUUGGACCUCAGGUUCAACUCCUUCUCAGGUUCCAUUCCUGAAGCAUUGUUUAACAAGAGACUUGAUGCAAUUUUUCUCAACAACAACCAAUUUGGAGGUGAAAUUCCACAGAAUUUGGGAAACUCCCCUGCCUCUGUGAUCAACUUAGCUAACAACAAGUUGAGUGGAGAAAUCCCAGUGAGUUUUGGGUUCAUGAGUCCAAAGUUGAAGGAGAUUCUCUUCCUGAAUAACCAGUUAACAGGUUGCAUUCCUCAAGGAGUUGGAAUCUUCACUGAGAUGGAAGUUCUUGAUGUGAGCUUCAACUCACUGGUUGGUCAUUUGCCAGACACAAUCUCCUGCUUGCAAGAGAUUGAGGUGCUGAAUUUGGAGCAUAACAAGCUAUCUGGGGAGUUAUCUGAUGUGGUUUGUUCUUUGAGGAGCUUAAUGAAUCUAACUGUUGCUUAUAACUUUUUUUCUGGGAUUAGUCAGCAAUGUUCAAGGCUUUUCAAUGUGGGGUUUGAUUUCUCAGAUAACUGCAUUCCUGGAAGGAACAUGCAGAGACCUCCACCAGAGUGUUCUGUGAUCCCAGGUGGUAGUUUGAACUGUCUGAGAAUUCCAACUCCAAAACCUCUUGUUUGUGGUUCUCUGGCUUCAAAUCUGCGUUCAUCAUUUCCUUGAUAAUGAUGUUUUUUUUUCUUUUCCAGUGAUUGAUGAUGCUACUAAUUCACUUCAUAGUUAUACCAUGCUAAUUUUGUUCAUCAUUGAUUUGGUAUACUAUACUAAACUUGCCCCACAUGGAUAAGGUAAAGCCUGGAUUUUGAUAUGUAUUCUAUAUUUCUAUUCUUAUGGUGUUAACAACGAGGUGAUUUGUGAUUUUGUGUCACGAGGCAUGUUGUUUGAUUUGGUUACUUUGAUCUUACAAGUGUAUCUUGGUUUCUUUA